AUGAUGUGCCGCCUUUUCACCAAAUCCCGAAUUGCAAAGAAACUGCCGGGUCUCUUCUCUACGUCGAGAAGAGCCAGCAGUAGCACCUCACCUCCGACUGAUUGGAAUUCCCAUUCCGAGUUCUUCGACUACACAAACGCUAGAUUUGUAUGCAAUGAGAAGUACGAAAUGGAAAUGCGACAUGUUUCUUUCGACAUGAACGAACUGGCCAAACUGGCUGCGAAGUCUGUUGGUGCAGCGAAAUGCGUGAAUGUCGAGAAAUUGAGUGAAGGCAUGUUCAGCAAGCCGUUCCUGUUUACGAUGGAAGACGGCUCCCAAGUCGUGGGUAAAGUGCCCAAUCCAAAUGCAGGCCUGCCGCAUUUCACUACCGCGAGUGAAGUGGCCACAAUGGAUUUUGUUAGGAAUGUCCUUGGCACGCCGGUCCCGAAAGUUCUUGCUUGGAGUUCCAAGGCAAAUGAGAGCCCCGUCGGUGCGGAGUUCAUCAUCAUGGAAAUGGCCCCGGGAGUUCAGCUUAGUACCGUGUGGGGAGAGAUGGGUCUCGAAGCCAGAUUCAAAAUCAUCAAGACCAUUGGGGGCAUCCAAAAUGAAUGGGCCUCCACCUCCUUUCCUCAGUACGGAUCUCUAUACUACGCAUCCGAUCUUGAUCACCCGCGACCAUGCAUUCUCACGAAACGGGAUGGUUCCCAGGUAGAAGAACCUCGCUUCGCUGUCGGUCCGUCGAUGGGCCGGGAGCAGUUUGACGAUGGCAGAAUAGCCGUGCAGUUCGAUCGAGGCCCUUGGGAUACUGUCGAACAGUGCAAGCGGGCAGUUGGUCUUCGGGAGAUCGCUUGCAUAAAGGCCAUGACAACCCUUCCCCAUUCUCCUCUUGGGCUUUAUGGACCGGGUACAUAUACUCGAUGCCGUUCCAAAAAGCUGGGAGCUGCGCAGAACUACCUUCAGAUAUUCAAAUAUCUUCUACCCACAGAUCCAUCACUUUCGGCAUCCUUUUUAUGGCACGACGAUCUUCAUGUCGAGAACAUUUUCGUCAACCCCGAAGCACCAUGGGAAAUCUCGAGCAUAAUUGACUGGCAAUCGACCGAGCUUCUCCCUCUCAUGGAUCAUGCGCGGCAGCCAUUUUUUCUGGAUUACGACGGACCGCCCCCGGAUGGCCUCGAAGAGCCACAGAUGCCGGCCAACUUCAGUGAAAUGUCGCCAGAUGAACAAGCGGCAGCCAAAGUUCUGCACUCGCUCAGGUCACUCUCCGCUUUAUACAAACUACUCAUGUACCGUGACACUCGGAACUUUUACAAAGCGAUGGAAUUCAGGGAGACAGUAUCUUUCAAAAUGUUGAUCUACCCGAGGAAACUCCUGACUGAUGGCGAGGCAUUGUAUCAAAAAUGCAUUCAGGCAUUAGAAGAGGAAUGGACAAGCCUUCCCGGUGUCCAAGCCGCGGGAAAUCCACCAUUUCCAGUCAGAUUUUCCACUGACGAGGUUACGACUAUCGAGCGUGAUGUCGAUGAUACUGAGCGAGGAAUGGGCUUAAUGCAGAAAUUGGAAUUGUCGCUCGGUGACUUGCGCCCGGAGCAUGGCAUGGUUCGCCAUGAUCAGUAUGAUGAUGUGAAAUGUCUUCUCAAAGAGCACAAGGCAGCGAUGAUGCAGCACUUAGCAUUCUCCGAUGAAGAUAGACGUGCCUGGGAUAAUUCGUGGCCCUUUGGCAAUUAA